AUGGAACCUAACGAGGCAUUUGUUGAGGAGUUCCUCGACGCAUGCGCCGCCGGUGAUCUGUCAAACACCCAAGAAGCCAUCUCCAGCGGGCGACUGACUGUUGAGGACCUCGACGAGGGACUCAAACUCGCGACGGAGGAGGCACGCCCUGAUAUUGUGACUGCGCUAUUCGAUGCCGGCGCUCGCGCGACCUCUGCAAUUAGCUGGCUCACCGGAAACAAGAGCUCCCAGGAAUCAUUCGCCAGUUCUUCGACAAUGGCCUUGAUCCCAACGCGACCACUUCUAACGCCCGAGGGGAGCAUCCCCCUUAUACGCGCUAUUGCGAGCGCUCGUGAAGAAGACCCAUCUCUAAUUGAGCUGCUUCUUGCAUAUGGGGCAAAGCUUGAACCACAUCUACUCUUCAAGGCCAUAGCUCCGCGCUUGGGGCAAGGGGAAUUCAUGACCAAGUAUCUUCUAGCCAAGGGCCUCGAUAUUAACACGACACAUGAAAAAUGGGGCACUCCUCUACACCGUGCUAUCGAUGCUUCCAAGCUGAGUAUGAUCAAACUGCUGGUAGACGCGGGCGCCGACCGCACAGCUCGACCAGCGGGCACGCCAUACCAUGACGAAUCCCCGCUGGAAUUUGCCGAGAGGUCAGAACGUCCUGAUAAGCAGGCUAUACUGAGUCUCCUUCGGUCUUAA